AGUCGCAGUUGAUUUAUGGACGGCUAAGCCUGAUGAUGACCUGAUACAAUCAUACAAAAGUUCGAUCGUUUUCGAAUACAAGUGUUAGUUUUUUUCCCGAGAAUUCGUUAAAUUGUUUCAUCUCCUCAAUCGCAAAUUUUCGCUCGGUCUAUCACCUAUUCUCAAGUUUAAAGUCUAUAGACAGGAAACUUGAAGCUUUAGGAUUUGAAUUGAAAAAGAAGCGAACUUGCAAUGGCAAAUAACGCGGCUGCUUGUGCUGAGAGGGCUACAAAUGAUAUGCUGAUUGGUCCAGAUUGGGCUAUCAACAUUGAACUGUGUGACAUUAUCAACAUGGAUCCUAGUCAAGCAAAAGAAGCAGUGAAGGUGCUCAAGAAGCGGUUAGGAAGUAAAAAUUCUAAAGUGCAGAUUCUUGCUCUUUAUGCAUUGGAAACUCUGAGUAAGAAUUGUGGCGAGAGCGUGUACCAGCUUAUCGUGGACCGUGAUAUUUUGCCUGAUAUGGUCAAAAUCGUGAAGAAAAAGCCAGACUUGAGUGUAAGGGAGAAGAUACUUAGUUUAUUAGAUACAUGGCAAGAAGCUUUUGGUGGAAGUGGCGGAAGAUUCCCUCAGUAUUACAAUGCUUAUAAUGAACUCAGGUCUGCUGGAAUUGAGUUCCCACCUCGAACCGAGAGCAGUGUACCAUUCUUCACUCCACCUCAAUCUCAGCCCAUUAUUGCUCACGCCACUGCAACUGAUGAAGAUGCUGCUAUUCAAGCAUCUUUGCAAAGUGAUGAUGCUUCUGCACUCAGCAUGGAAGAGAUUCAAAGUGCUCAAGGAUCAGUUGAUAUUUUGAUGGACAUGCUUGGGGCUCUUGAUCCAAGCCAUCCUGAGGGUUUAAAGGAAGAACUUAUAGUUGACUUGGUAGAGCAAUGCCGUACUUAUCAAAGACGUGUAAUGACUCUGGUCAACACUACAUCAGAUGAGGAACUUCUCUGUCAAGGAUUGGCAUUAAACGACAAUUUGCAGCGUGUUCUUCAGCACCAUGAUGAUAAGGCAAAGGGAAACUCUGUUCCUGCAACAGCUUCCACUCCAAUACCGCUUGUCAGCAUCAACCACGACGAUGAUGAUGAGUCAGAUGAUGAUUUUGCUCAGCUAGCUCACAGGUCGAAAAGAGAGAGCGCACGAGGGAGUGGACAAGGGGGUUUCAACCCUAUCCUUCCUCCCCCACCAUCUACAAGGAGGCCAGUACAUGUUGAAUCUGGUGCUAUGGACUUCCUCAGUGGUGAUGUCUACAAACCUCAAGGAACCUCGGAGAGUGUAAAGCCUCCGAGUACUUCCCAUUCAUCAAAUCAAGACUCUUCUGCUCCUGUUUUCGAUGAUCCAACUCCCCAUAGCAAAUCCCCUGAGCAAGCUUUGUUCACCAAACCAGUUAAUGACCAAUCAGAGCGAUUGCCUCCUGCUCCUUGGGAUGAAGGAACCAGGGUUUUUCCACCACCGAUGUCUGCUAGAACCAACCGUAGGCCAGAAUACUUGAAGCAUAAUAAUGUUCCUCAACACUCAAGCAGUGGCUCUGAUUCCUCUUACGAGGAUCUCGUGGGACAAUCGCGGAAUCUCUCUCUGAAUCCAACCGCCUCUGCUGCUUCUGCUGCUACACCACCAAAGAAAGAUGACAAACCAGAGGAUAUCCUUUUCAAAGACCUGGUGGACUUUGCAAAAACCAGGAAACCAUCGUCUUCUUCUUCUUCCUCCAAACCCAACAAUCAGAACAACAAACCGUUUUGAGACAGAGCUGCCAGUUGUUGCUUUAGUAACAACUACUCUUUACCAUUCUUUCUUCUUCACUUGUGUUCUUGUUUUCUUUGAUUGAACAUGGAUGAUGAAAGUCGUGUUUUUUUUUUUUAAUAAAUUUUUUUAUCAAA